GGCACUCAGAUUCGGUUCGGUCUGGAAGCAUUUUGCGCACGCGGUUCACGUACGACUAUUGGUUGGGUCUUAUCGAUCAUCAUCAAUUUGGCGAACUCUGCUCGCGCCUUUUCAAAAUAUCCAUCCAAAGUGAUUCAAUUAUCAAAUAACACAAACCGCGCGGGAAUUACAUCACCGAAUCGGCAAACAUUUCAAAAAUCUGACACCCCGGGUUCGGUUCGCUGGAAGAGGGUGCUUCAUGCAAGGUGAUUCGCACCUCGUUCGCUCUGUUGUUCUUCAGUGAGGUGUCAAUUCCCAGCUGAUAAGGAACCUGGGGCAGUCUAGUGCGAGUACCUUACCAUGCUUUAAUGCAGGUUAAAUUGUGCGCCAUUGGUAUCCAACAAGGAGGAAACAUGUGAAUGUGAUCAUUGAACAAGUCGUUUUGCGUUAUCUGCGUGAGGAGCCAGCGAGGUUUGUGUCAGUAACCUGGAUGCCUUGUAGUGGCCUAAUCUUGUGCAAACUGGAAAAUUACACAAUUCUGCAGAAUGAUUACUCAGAGCAUGACGGUAUCGGCGGUGGCGACCGUUGCCUUGGGGUUGCUCCUGGUACUGGAAGCUGGGGCACUCCCGUCACCGGUGCUUCUGGAAGGUAGUGGGGAUUAUGACUACGAUUACAGUGCGGAACCUGUGAGUGAUAACAAACCGGUUGCGAAAGUUCCAAAUGAAGAGGAUGUGUUGGAUCCGAUUGAGGACAGUUUUUAUCCGGAAGAUGACGAUGACUAUGGGGCACCGUUCAACGACACUGUGGCCAAGCCCCCACUCGAGAUAGUGGUUCCUGAAGUGGAAAAUGAAAGUGAGACUUCGAAAGGGUCCACAGAAGUGGAAAACAAAAGUGAGACUGUGGAAGGGUCAACGGAAAAUAGUGUACAUGCGGAAUUUCCGGUUCGUUUUGGAUUGUUGGAAUCGUUCGGAAGCGAUGAUGGAAAAAAGGAAAACACUACCGGUACGGUGGAUUCGGCUGUGUUGGAUGGAACAGGAUCACGAAAAGCUCAGGCUGUCACACCGGCGCCAGAUUGUCAGGGAUUUCAGAAACUGCCGACCCAGCCGCAAUUCAUCAACGGCACGUUCAACGUUAUCAGAAUGUGCUGCCCACCGGGAGAGAGUUUCCUCUUUGGCGAUAAGAACCAACCGGUGCACUGUGCCGCAUCAGCAGGAGCAACGUGGGAUUCCUUCCAUGUGCAGGCCAUCGUCGCUCAGUUCUUCCACGGAUGCAUCGAAGAUUUGGAACAGGAGUCACCUCCGCUGGGUGUGGUUUAUGGCAACCCGUGCAAGGAUGAGUUUGGCCUGAUUCGGUUCGGAGUCGAUUCGAGCGACAGUUUGUACGUGAUUCAGAAUGGAUCGUUACUGGCGGUCAAUGAGCUGGCCGAAGAGUACGAUAUCUUCAAUAGCUAUUGCUUGGACUUGGACAGAGUUAAUCGAACGUUGAGUGCUUACGUGUGCCCUUCGGAGUUUCGCAUCGGACGGGAUAUUUUCAAGGGACAGAUGAUGGCCUUGGCGCUGUGUUUGGUGUUCGCCAUACCGUUGCUGCUGGCGACGGCUUUCUUCUACGUAGCUGUUCCGGAGUUCAACGACAUCCACGGAAAAGCGCUUUCGAUGAAUUGCAUAAACUUUGCGAUAGCGUUGCUGCUGGAAAGCAUUUUUCAACAUCAGAGUCACGGAAAUGGUUCUACUGAUGAAACAAUUGCGAUGGCCAGUUAUGCGGAUUAUUUCGUGCUGGCAACGUUCUUCUGGCUGUUGGUGAAUUGCAUGAACAAUUGCAUCCAUGCUUGGUAUUUCUUACCAAAAGGUAUUCAAAUUCGCAUGAGAGGUGAAAAACGAACCUUUUUGCUGUACACCACCUUUGCGCAACUGGUUCCACUGGUCAUCAUCUUAUCAAACUCUGCUUAUAGAGAUUCAAACGCCCUGAAGCACUACUUCUUCCUGCCGAUCAUCGUAAUCAUAGCGUUGAACAUCAUCAGCUUCUUCAUUACUUUCUGGGGCUUCCAGCGGGUGAGUGAUAUUCAAAUUCAGCACUUCACCCUUCGUGGACGACUUAGCAAUGGUGGUGAAGCGGCGAAUGCCAUACUCGCCAAGCUUCCCAACAUCCACACGGCUGACGUCGAAAAGGUCAAAUACAUGGCCAAAUACACUGCUAUGUUGUUCAUGGUCAUGGCCGGCGUGUGGGUGAUCACCAUUGCAACCUACUACAGCACUCGGAUCAUCCCGAUCAUAUACGACAUCCUGUUCGGGUUGCAGGGAAUUCUAAUAUUCAUCAUCUUCAUCUGUUUGCCACGGCCGUUCCGAACGGUGAAAGCGUGGUUCCAAAAGAAGGAGCUCUGCGGCUGCCGGGAAGAUCCGGAUGCCAUCGACUUACGUAGGGGACGAGGUAGCCAGCACUAUCGGGUCAGCAACAACAAUCACUCCAAAAAUGGGAAGGAGAGUGUUCCGUUGAAUAAUUCUAGUGCUUCCUGAAACGUUUCAGUCAGUGUCGGGAAAUGGGCAAACGUUUCAGUAUCGAGUUUACAGGGACACAACUCUCAACGAAACUUUUGACAAAAUGGUUCUCAAUUUUUGUCGCAUCACAACACAUAGCCAGCUUACAAAUGUAAAACUGUUGUUUGACGAUUCCUAGUUAAGAUUUCUAUCUCGGAAAUUGCGAGGUGUUCAACGAUAAUGGAAUUGGAUUUCGAUGUUUUUCACCUCAAGCAGUUCAUGAUGACGAGUAUUUCUCCAUGGUUCGAAUUUCAGUAUUUAAGUUUUAAAGUAUAUUGAUAAAAAAGAGUUUCUAAUAUGACGAUGGGUUACAAUUAAGGCAUUAUCGAAAUGAUUAAGUGAUAGGCAGCGUUAAAAUUAUUUAAAAUAAGUUAUUCAUAUUGUUUAACGUAUCUACUAACUAUACUGUGCCUAUGUAUAACUGUGCCAUCUUUAACUGGAGUUCUAUCGUUUUGGAACAGUUAUUCUUAUAAGGAUAGCAUACAGUUUGUGACUAUCUUCCACGUCAAAUUCUAGACAUAGUUUUUUUGUCAGACAUUAUAAUACAGAUCAUCGAA